AUGGCCGUUUUGGAAUUGUUGGGUCCCGCCGAAGACCAAGCCGAAUCGGUUGAGCAUCUGGUGUGUAAGUGCACUUUGUCGAAGUCCAUCUGGUGGAAUAUAUUGGCUUGGGUCAAGCUGCCAGUUGAUGUGGAGUUUGGUUCAUGCAAGGAAGCUAUAGGAAGGAAAGGAUCUAAGGUUUGGAAGAAGGUUAUCAAUCUUAUUUUUCAAUCAAUCAUGUGGCAUAUUUGGAAGGCUCGCAAUGAGAAGGAGUUUAAUGGGGUGCUGUUAUCCGGGAAUGUGGUGGUGGAGGAUAUUAAAGCUGAUGCGUAUCUUUGGUUAAAAAGUCGGUCUAAGUUUGAUAAGCUGGAUUGGGGUAGAUGGGCGGACUUUAAUGUUAGAGACGUUAUUUCUUAG